AUGUCAUUCGAGCUAAAGCCUCUGGAGAUAUCUGAUGCGCCUACAUGUGUAGCAAUCUACUUUGCAGCUUUCCAAAAUGCACAUUCACUCGGAUGCUGGCCACGAGACGUCCUUGCCGUUCGAGAAUGGUGGGAAAACAUGAUCAGAGACGAGCUCCACGAGCCCGGCUCACAAUGGCUUAAAGCUGUUGCGAACGAAAGUGGAGACAUUGCUGGUUACUGCAAGUGGCGAAAAUACGAAGCCGGUCACGAAGCCGACACGAGCUUACCUCAGUGGCCCGAGGGGUCAGACAAGAGACUAGCAGAUGAGACGUUCGGCGACUGGGCGAACAAGCAUCCUCAAUUGAUGGACCUCGAGAUGGUCGCCACCGACCCCAAGUUUCAGGGUAAGGGCGCUGGCUCCCAAAUGAUGCGCUGGGGUCUCGAGCGAGCAGACAAUGAGAACCUCGAGGCUUACCUAGAGGCAUCACCAGAUGCUGUUACUCUGUACGAACGCUUUGGCUUUCGUGAAGCAGGCAGGACGGACACGUGGAUCGAGAAUGAGCGCGUCAAGCCUGGGACGUUGUACCGUAAUCUCUUUAUGAUACGGCCUGCUAAGAGUACUAUCUAG